CUCCCCUCAGCAGCGGAAGACCAGAUAGACUGGCCCGUUGGAACAGCCUCCCGCUGAAGCCCAGUGAAAGGAUUAGAAGCGCGCGUUUGGGAAUCGCCAUCUAUACAGUAGCUCUUCGAGCGCAUUCAGUUGGGGAUGGUGAAGUGAAUUCUUUGCAGAUCUCGGCUGUUAUCAGAUACUCAGAACGUAUAGAACAAUUGUUGAUCGUUCUCCAUCAUUGAUACAAUGGGCCAUCACGGUGAUAAAAGCCGACCUAGCAAAAAGAUCAAGUUUGCCUCCAAGGAGGAGCACAAGUCUGUAGAAACAGAUGAUUCACAUUACUUAGAAGACAUCAAUGCUGAUUCUCGGGAUGGAGAUGGUGAGGGCAAGAAAAGAGAUUUCACUAAACUUGAACUCAAACCAGAUCAUGGAAACCGCCCGUUGUGGGCUUGUGCUGAUGGAAGGAUUUUCCUUGAAACAUUUUCAGCAUUAUACAAGCAGGCAUAUGAUUUUCUCAUAGCCAUCGCUGAACCUGUUUGCAGGCCAGAGUCUAUGCAUGAGUACAAUUUGACACCUCAUUCCUUGUAUGCGGCAGUGUCGGUUGGCUUGGAGACUGAAACUAUAAUUUCUGUUUUAAGCAAAUUGUCAAAAACUAAGCUUCCGAAAGAAAUGAUUGAUUUUAUUCAUGCUUCUACUGCCAACUAUGGAAAAGUAAAGCUCGUGCUUAAGAAGAAUCGGUAUUUCAUUGAAUCUCCUUUUACUGAGGUAUUGAAAAAGCUGCUUCAAGAUGAAGUUAUAGGUCGAGCAAGACUUAUGCCUUUGGGGCUUCAUGAAAAUGAUGGAUUUACAAUCAGCAAGUCUGCAGGCGAAAUAGAAGGUAGACAUGAUGAGUUGUUAAAUGAAGCAGAGCUGGCAGCGGCCACUGAAGAAAGAGAAACCCAUUCAUUUGAAGUUGAUCCUUCUCAGGUUGAAAAUGUGAAGCAGCGUUGCUUGCCAAAUGCCUUGAAUUAUCCCAUGCUGGAGGAGUAUGACUUUAGAAAUGAUACAGUCAAUCCUGAUCUUGAUAUGGAGUUGAAACCGCAUGCACAACCAAGACCAUAUCAAGAAAAAAGUCUGAGUAAAAUGUUUGGAAAUGGUAGAGCUAGAUCAGGUAUCAUUGUGCUACCUUGCGGUGCUGGGAAGUCUUUAGUAGGAGUGUCCGCUGCAUCCAGAAUUAAAAAAAGCUGUCUUUGUUUAGCAACUAAUGCUGUGUCUGUAGAUCAAUGGGCUUUCCAGUUCAAGUUGUGGUCAACAAUUCGAGAAGAACAGAUAUGUCGUUUCACAUCUGAUAGCAAAGAGCGGUUCCGUGGUAAUGCUGGUGUUGUCGUGACGACAUAUAACAUGGUAGCUUUUGGUGGAAAGCGUUCUGAAGAAUCUGAAAAGAUCAUAGAAGAAAUAAGAAACAGAGAGUGGGGUUUACUCCUUAUGGAUGAGGUCCAUGUGGUUCCAGCUCAUAUGUUUCGAAAAGUUAUCAGCAUUACUAAAUCUCACUGCAAACUCGGACUCACUGCAACACUUGUCAGAGAGGAUGAAAGAAUCACCGAUCUCAACUUUCUUAUUGGACCCAAGUUGUAUGAGGCGAAUUGGUUGGACCUAGUGAAAGGGGGAUUUAUUGCAAAUGUGCAGUGUGCUGAGGUCUGGUGUCCAAUGACAAAAGAAUUUUUCGCUGAAUAUUUGAAGAAGGAAAACUCUAAGAAGAAGCAGGCACUUUAUGUGAUGAAUCCAAACAAAUUCAGAGCCUGCGAGUUUCUUAUCCGCUUCCAUGAACAACAGCGUGGGGAUAAGAUAAUUGUUUUUGCUGACAAUCUGUUUGCCCUCACAGAAUAUGCAAUGAAGCUUCGGAAACCUAUGAUAUAUGGUGCUACGAGCCACUCAGAAAGAAUGAACAUUCUUGAGAAAUUUAAAACUAGCAAGGAAGUGAACACCAUUUUCCUUUCUAAGGUAGGUGAUAAUUCCAUAGACAUUCCCGAAGCAAAUGUUAUAAUACAGAUUUCAUCUCAUGCUGGUUCAAGACGACAAGAAGCCCAACGUCUUGGUCGUAUUCUUAGGGCUAAGGGACGUCUUCAAGACAGGAUGGCCGGUGGUAAAGAAGAGUAUAAUGCUUUCUUUUACUCUCUUGUAUCAACAGAUACACAGGAAAUGUAUUAUUCAACUAAAAGACAGCAAUUCUUGAUUGAUCAAGGGUAUAGCUUUAAGGUUAUUACUAGUUUGCCACCACCUGACUCAGGACCGGAAUUGAAUUACCAUCGCCUUGAUGAUCAACUUUCACUUCUAGGAAAAGUACUAAGUGCAGGAGAUGAUUUAGUUGGUCUGGAGCAACUUGAAGAAGACGCAGAUGACAUUGCGCUUCAGAAAGCCCGUCGUGUAAUGGGCUCAAUGAGUGCAAUGUCAGGCGCACGUGGGAUGGUUUAUAUGGAAUACAAUAGUGGGCAAAAGAAGCAUGGGGGGCAUACACAGAAAAGCAAACCCAAAGAUCCGACGAAGAGACACCAUUUAUUCAAGAAGCGCUUUGGUUGAGUCUAUCAAAGAGAACUUCUCUAUCGGCGUUUGAGAAAAGGGUCAAAAUGUCAAAUAAACCCUUCUAGUAUUGCAAAAACAUCACAUAAACCCAUGUACUAAAAAAAGAUCACAUAAACAUGUCAACUCUUAAAAAACAGUUGCUAUACAGUGGGAGCGGUGCAUGGUGAGCAUCCUGCUCCCAAGGUUAUAUCAAAUGUAAACU